CCGAGCAGCUGCGUGCGGGUUGGGGUGCACCGGCUGACGGACGCUGCGGCGGCUUUCAAAAGUGCCGCCAAGGGGAGCGAAUGGGCGUUGGCAGGGCAGGCCCAGGGCGUCCAGCGGUUGUUGUACGAGCCUCGCUUUACGCGGCCCUUUGCCGGACCGAUGCUGCUCUUGCACACGGUGGACGGCUCGCGCGUCCGCCGCUCUCCCGCUCUCCCUCGCCGACAGAAUGGCUCCUCCGCCUCGAGCCAUCGCGUGCUGCAGGGCGGCCCGAUGGCGGACGCCUUUGGAGACAAGGCCCAAACAAGAUGGCAAACUCCUUCUCGACGGCACUACGGCUCAUCACUUCGGUGCCCGAGCCGGUGCAGAAACCGGGCCGGAAGCAGGACCACCCGGACGAACACCACUACGACGUGCUCUACUCGCGUGAAGACUGUCACGCGAGGUACGAAACGACUAGGGAGUACUCCCCCGCCCCGGCGUUCUACCUCCCUGUUUGCAGUAUGCUGCCCUCGAGAGGCGGCCCGGAGCCGCAACACGAACUCGCCGACCACCCGCCGGCACUCACCGAGACGCUGGAGUCGUUUUGGAGCUUCGCGGUCGCCGCCGACCUCACGCGAUGGCCCGCUAGCUCCGCCGCCACGUGAGGAGGGCUGCCCGCGGGGGAGAAAUCAGAAAAAAGGAUCGAGGAGCCGCAGAGCGGAAGCGAAAAUGCGACGGACCAAGGAAGCGAGAGCCUUCGUGCUUCGAGAGGUCGAGAGAGAGAGAAGUGUUUUGUAACUGCGUUACCGUUUUGAUUGUGCGAGAGCCACAAGUAUGGCUCUUUACGUGUACGUU